UAGUCGCCAUGGUUCAGAAGACAAAGUUUCGAGGAGUCCGGCAGCGGCAUUGGGGCUCUUGGGUGGCCGAGAUCCGCCACCCAUUAUUGAAGAGGAGGGUGUGGCUGGGGACUUUUGAGACGGCGGUGGAGGCGGCGAGGGCGUACGACGAGGCAGCGGUGAUGAUGAGCGGCAGAAAUGCCAAAACAAACUUCCCAGUUCCGGAAAACUUUGAAGAAAGCAGCAGCACUGAGUUAUCCUCACCGCCGCCUUCUUCGUCCAUUAUCAGCGAGAAGCUUCGCAAAUGCUGCAAAUCGCCGUCGCCUUCUGUAACGUGCCUCAGGCUCGACAACGAGAGCUCCCACAUCGGAGUCUGGCAGAAACGGGCCGGUUCAGAAUCCGAUGCCAACUGGGUCAUGACCAUUGAGCUCGGCAAGGAGGAGAUCGUGAAUGACGACCGGAGUGGGGGUGUGGUGGCGGCGGUGGCGGAGUUCGGAGACGAGAGGGAUGAAGAGAAGAAGAUUGCAUUGCAAAUGAUUGAAGAACUUAUGAAUUAGUUCUUUACUUAAUUGGCUCAUCAAUUGCAUGUUUUUUUUCUAAUCAAUCAAAUAAGGAUAACA